AUGCAAUCUCCUGUAAAGUCCCUAUCAAAUUCUAAUAAAAUUCCUAGCCAUCCACCAUCAGUUAGCGGUGGUUCCAGCAUGCUUGAGCAAGAAGGAGGUGAAAGCAUUCGCGUUUGUAUCCGAAUCAGGCCUCUAAAUCAGCGAGAAUCAAGCACUGGCAACUCCAGCUGCAUAGAUGUUCAAAAUCCUAAGAAUUUACUACUGAAGAUGAAAGGAGGAAUGAGAAAUUACACUUUUCAUCAUAUUUUUGAUGUGGAUGCACAGCAAGGAGAAGUGUUUUCUGAAACUGGGGUGCACUCGUUACUAGACAGUGCUCUCGAAGGUUACUCUUGUACAGCUUUCGCUUAUGGGCAAACUGGAAGUGGGAAAACUUAUAGCAUGGCUGGGGUAGAAGAAAGAUUUGGCCGCCAAGACUAUACUUCAGAUGAAACUGAUGGAAUUAUCCCUAGGGCAAUUUCCUAUGUAUGACAAAGGAUGGCAUCACGGCAAGAAAGAUACUUCGUAAAAUCAGGAUUUUUUGAAAUUUAUAACGAACAAGUCAGAGAUCUGCUAAACCCAAGCUCUGGGGUGUUGCACUGCAGGUGAAAUGCUAAGCAAGGGUUUUUUGUGGAAGAGCUAAUGAUAGUUGACUGCACAAACAUUGAUGAUCUAAUUGCAGUUUUGCAUGAAGGGAUGAAAAACAGAAAAAGCGGAAGCCAUGAAUUAAACGCUGAUUCUUCUAGGUCUCAUUCUAUUUUGAUGAUUUAUUUUAUUAGUGAAAUUACUUCUGAAGACGGCCAUAGUUUUAAAAGAUACGGAAAAAUGUACUUUGUAGACUUAGCAGGAAGCGAGAGACUAAAAGAAACAAAAAGCCAAGGGGAUAUGCUGAAUGAAACAAAAAAUAUAAAUAAAUCGCUAUUUACUUUGGGAAAAGUAAUUUCUGCACUUGGAGACAAGAAAAAUAGAGGACUGAAGCCACAUGUGCCUUAUCGUGAUUCAAAACUUACAAUGGUCCUGAUGGACUCAUUAGGGGGGUCAUCGAGAGCUAUUAUGAUAGCUUGCGUUUCACCUGCAAAUGCGUAUAUUGAAGAAACAACGAGCACCUUAAAUUAUGCGACAAGAGCUAUGAACAUACAGAAUAAACCCCUUCUUCAAGUAGAUAAUAGUGAAUACCUUAUACUAAAUCUCAGAAGAGAAGCCCAAUUACUUAAACUCGAAAACGAGUACUUAAAAGAACAAUUAGCAAGAGCUCAAGGCGGGCUUCCACCUAUGAUGGUCGAUUUUGCUAAUUCCUAUAAUGAGUCGCCAAACGACCCAGUCUUGCAAGAAUUUCAUUUUGAAAUUAACAAGCUAAGAGAAGAAAACGCCAAAUUAAGAGAAACUAAAGAAGAAGCAGAAAAGAGCUACCAUCAAUCUAUGAUUGAUAACCAAAGUAUGCAUAUAAAAUUAGAAAAUUUAGAAUAUUCAUUUGUAGGCUCUACCAAGACAAGUGAAAACCCAUCAUCAGGCGUUUCGCAAGAGUACACCAUAAGCACUCUAUUAAACGAAAACGCAAACUUAAAGAAAAGAAUGAAUGCCCUACAAGAAGAACAAAUACAAAUGCAGUUUAAGCUUGGAGAGGCAACACCUGCUGUUCCACCACAAGAAGAAAUUCAGCAGCUGAGAGAAUAUAAUGAACAAAUGAUGAAAAGAGUUGAAGCUUUACAAGCGAGAGAAAGAGAGCUUUUAGACCAUUUAAUGAAAGCACAAAGAGGGAGGACACCAAAACCAAAAUAG